AUGAUCCCCAAAGCAAAGCGCAAGGAUAAGCAAAAGGGGGCCCCUCCCUCCGCUCUAACCACGGAUGCGGCUUCUUCCAUCCCACAGAAAAACCUUUUCUGGGGGCCAUCCGCCCCUGGGGCCCCGCGUCAGAUGGAAAAUGGGGGAUCGUCUCACGAUGAAGGGGCCCCUAGAGCCAGCAGGAGACGUAGCAGGAGGCUAAGAGAUAAAAGUCCCCCUGACUACUCUGCGGAUGAAAUUAUUUCGCUUGUGGCAGACCCACUCCACCACAACCACCACCGCAUCGGCAAAAAGCAGCACCCGCAACAGCAGGAGCUGCAGGAGCACAGUGACGGCGGGAAGCCACAGCAGCGACAUAAGAAGCGAGGGGCCCCCAGAGGCCUAGCCUCUUCAAAGCCUUCGUCUCGGAGGCCACGCAGAGAAGAUAGCCGUGGAGUCACAGCAGAGGACCCUUGGGGGGGAACCCUUUCGCUCAGCAUUCCUGGCAGACACGCAGGGGGGCCUGUGUCGACUGCUCCCACUUCAGGGCAAGCAUUCGAGCCAGCCUCUUCACCUCUAAGCGCUCUAGCUCCCACAGUUGCAGCUUCAGGAGCAGAAACAGGAGACGAGGCCUGCGUCUUGGUACCCUUGAAGCAGGCGAGGGCCCUCCUUGCGUCUGCGUCUCCCGCUGCAAUCCAGCUGGCGGCAGCAGCAGCAAAACCCCUUCCCCAGGUGGCUCCACAGAACAGGUACUGUGCGACUGGAGGCAGGGGCCCCUGGGGGCCUCCUCAUUUUGAAGACAUUGGAGGAGAAGUGCCUCCCGUGGAGUCUCCUCAUGCAGAGACCAUCGUCGCGCUGAGGCCCCCGCACACCUACAAGGGUGCCUUUCCCGAAGUGGGAUGUGAUGGCGACCCCCUCUUAUCCUUGCCUUCGCUGCCCUGCUGUGUGUGUGUUCAAAGGCAUCCCUCGAUGGCGCUCGCUUCCCUCCCUGCAAGCCGCCUACCCACGCUAAGCCACGGAGGCCACCCAGUCGUAGAUCCUGCAGUACCCCCCCGUGUGGCGAGCUUCCCCCAGGGUUUCCCUGCAAAGGACCACCCCGCUCGCCAUCUUCAGCAGCUCGCUGGGGGGCCCCCGCGGGGGCCCCAGGGGACAGCUGGCCCUCGCACGCCCGAGAGGCUCCACGAGCAUCUAGCGGCAGAAGGCAGAUCCUACACUGUGAGCGCUCUCACCAAUCAGCAACUCGCCAACUUCCACACCCAGAGGAUGGACGCUGGAGGCUUGACUGUGGGGAGGCCUGGAGGACUGGGUCCGACAGGAGGGGAUGCCCUCCAUGACGCUUCACUGCGCGUGCGCAGCCUCAGGGAUGAUGACAAUCCUCAGACGGAUGCAGCCGGCGCUAUCCCGAAAGCCCCUGUAGACGUGCCUCAGAAGGGGGUCUCCUCAUACUGCUUUCGGGAGCAGGGCCCCCUGGGAGGGCCCCCUAGACCACAGUGGAGAGAACCCGAAAGGCAAGCCUUGAGGGCCCCUGCCCCCCACUUCGGCGCCUUAAGAGACCCCCCUGAUACCCCCGCUGCCGCAGCAGUGCUCCACCUGGAAGGGCCCCCCACAACUGCCUCACGCCAGGCAGCGUCCGCGGAGAUGGCGCUGGAGCUCCGACAACGGCCUCAAGCCACCUCCGGCUUGCUCGCUUCUGGGGAACCCCCCAGAGAGAACGACAUCUCGAGAGAACUGACCUCAAGCUCCUCGCUACCUUUCCAGCGCGGGAUGAUGAAUGGUGCCACUUCUGGAGCUGCCUCGGGAUUGCGAAUGGCCCUACCCACCUUCGAUGCUCUUGCAGCGGUGCUUGCGCCUCCCCCGCCGGAAGAUCGGGGGCCCUCAAGAGACAGCAGUGCUGCAAGGAACAAGGACCUUAAGACGAAGGGACGCGUAUCCGUGUCUGGGGUGUUUCUUGACGCUGCAUUCCCCGCGGCGAGAACCCCUCCUGCAGACUUCCAGACGAUCCCUUUGGAACGGCACGGUCCCCCCCGCCAAGCCCUUCUUGCUGUUGCUUCAGCAGCGGCCAAAGAUACUCUGGAGGCGCUCAAGAAAGGAGGCAGGAUUGUGCUGCGGCUACCAUGGGCAGAAGGAGGGAGCUCUCCAAGCGAGAAAACCCCCCAAGCAGCAGAUAUUGCAAAUCGAACUUGUGCGGUGAACAAGGACCCCAAGGCACCAGUAGGCGUCCCUCCCCCCCCAACCCCUCAGCAUACUCCGGAAAGCCUAAGACGAAGUGUGGCUGCCCUAGUAGGCCCACUUAACGAACUCGAGAGCUCAGGCGGCCCUUAUGGACCUCCCGUAGAGAUAGACGCUGCUGCGUCUGCUCUUGCCAUUGUACGAGUCACCCCGGCAAGUCGAGCUGCUGCUGCUGCGGGUUCAGCAGCAGCAGCAGCUGCUGCUGCCCUGAGGAAAGCGUCCUUUGCUCCCACUGCAGCAGGAGAGAGAGAAAGCACAAUAGCUACUGCCGGGGAGGCUGUAACGGCAGCGGCAGACUUCCUUGGCCAGGUGCUUGCUGCUACACUCGACGCCUGGCGCCUGUCCCUCCUAGAGAAGCGGAACAGCCACCAGAUCUCCCCUGCAAAGGCAGACGCUCUGGGGGCGAUCGCUGAAGUCGCAGCAGGCCUGGCUCUCGAGCAGCUGCAGAAACGCAGCCGUUCGCUCCGAAUGGCCUUCGAGGAUACGCAAAGAACUCGUCUAGAGAAUACAGAGAGGCAACGGAACGAACGCCUUGCUCAGGAGUCGAAAGGCGCUGCCCUCACAGCCUUCCUCAGUGUAAGCUUGCCAGACGGUGAAGGUCGUCAGGAAGAAGCAGAAAUUCGGGUGGCACCCAGGACGGUGCAGCAGCUGCAGGCCGACUGUAUCGCUGCGGCAGAAGCCACCGGACAGCUCAGCAUCGUCAGCCAGUCCGCCUUGGCUACCCACAGAAAGCAGCUAAGAAAAAUAGAGUCCCAAAUGGUAUUGCGGGCCAAUCAGGCACUGAGGUUGUUGGAGGUUCUGGAACAAAAGAAGCGCCAGCUGUUAGGCUCAGCAGCACUCUUCCAUCGUUGUGUUAUGCCCGAGACGGAUGAAAAAACAGUCCUGAGCAGACUGCAAAAGUUCCAGUUACAUGCUGAGCGAAUUCCAGUGGAUGAGGUGGAGAACGAAGUCAAUGGCGCUCAACGCAGCAGAGGUAGGGGAGGGUUUGGAGGCUCCGUAAGGGCGCCUCGCCGCAGUUCUCUUGAGUGCCGUCUCUCGGAUUGUUCUCUUUUCACCGCUUCAUAUCCACACUCUCAAGAGGAUUUUAGAUUUUCUCUAAGUUCCCUUUUGAAUGACUCUCCUUCAAGUCUUAAGGCAACGACUCCCCCAGAAGGGACGCUUGCUGAAGGCCCUUUAGAGGAAUCUCUGCCGGUGGCUCCCCAAGAGAGGCCCCUAGAGGCUGACACCCCCCAGGAUGCCGCCCGGGAAGCCAGGACCAUACAUUCGCGUACACAGGAAACAGCGUGUCUCUUCGAGCAGCCUCAAAUACAAGGCGUGGACCCGCCAGAAACGACCACACCAGUUCGAAUUGGAAUGUCGAGACCUAUCGGGCCGGGGGAGGGAUUUACUGGAACUUUUUCCCUCCGCAGCCUCAUGGGAUCUCGGCAUAUGCGUUGA